AGGAGCUCGGAGACUGGUCGAAUUGUCGCAACUCCCUUCGAGAACUGCGGUUAAGCGGCAACUCGAUCAAGCAUAUCCCGGCUAAUGGCUUGGACAAGACGGAACGUCUAGAACUUCUCGACUUGUCCGAAAAUCAACUCACCACCAUCAAUAACAUAUCUCAUCUCCGUGAGCUCGCCGUGCUGAGACUCGCUGAUAAUCACAUUGAAUCCUUGCUCGGCUUGGAUGGGCUGGGCCGACUGCGCGAGCUGGAUCUCUCGAAUAACUCAAUCAAGGCAGGCCGAGACGCU